UAGAACAGAAACUCAGUGCAAUCGUAUCACUAAGCUAUCCUCUACAAUGAAUCACCGGUCGAGUUUGUGGCUGCUUAUUUUGCUAAUGGUUAAUGGAGUUUGGCUGGGAAGUGCUCAACUUCCAUUCCCCGGAAAGUGUCCGGAUGUCAAAGUUGUGGACACCUUCGAUGUGGAGGCGUACCUGGGUGUCUGGUACGAGUACUCCAAAUAUCCAUUCGCCUUUGAGAUCGGAAAGAAGUGCAUAUACGCCAACUAUGGUCUCAUAGACAACAGCACCGUGUCUGUGGUGAAUGCGGCUAUCAAUCGAUUCACUGGACUGCCGUCGAAUGUGACUGGUAAGGCCAAGCUCAUCGCACCUGGUCAAUUGGCGGUGGCAUUCUAUCCCGGCCAGUCGUUAACGAAGGCCAACUACUUGGUUUUGGGCACCGACUAUGAAUCAUAUGCCGUCGUCUACAGUUGCACUAGCCUAACGCCCUUGGCAAAUUUCAAGGUCGUUUGGAUCUUAACUCGUCAGCGUGAACCUUCGGUGGAGACCAUUGAAGCGGCCAAAAAGAUCUUGGACGAAAAUAAGAUAUCGCAGGCCUUCCUCAUCGAUACUCUUCAGAAGAACUGCCCCCAACUGGAGGGCAAUGGCACUGAGUUGGCUGGAGGUGAUGAGAUCGAUCUGGAUGACUUCGUCACCACUGUGGUGCCAAAUGCCAUCGAAAAGGCAUGAGAAUGGAUGCGACGCUUCUACGAGCGUCUCUACGACAUUUUUAUGAACUUCUUAAGUUACUAAUACUGCUAUUUUUCAAGUGUACAUAUAUCGAUAGGUAAAUGUUCUAUUAUGUAUCAGUUUUAUUAGUUGUUAAUGCGAACAAUUAAAAUAGUCGAUCGAGUUAUUAAAUAUA